AUGCAAAGCAUGCAAGGUCUUACUUCUAUGUUACAACAAAACCAACAAAAGACUAAUUCGACAAUCAAGGCUUUGGAAAUUCAAGUGGAGCAAUUAGCGGCCGAUGUGAACCUAUUGAAAGCUCAAGCAUCCAAAAAGCUUCCUUCACAACCAUUUGUGAAUCCAAGAGAGAGUGUUAAUGCGAUUUCUUUGAGUAGUGGAAAACAAGUGGAGCAACCAAAUCAACAAGAUGAGGUGCAUGAAAAGUUAGUCGAAGACAAAGAGGAAACCACACCAAAGGAGACUUCCAAGGAACCGGUUCCUACUUUCACCACUCCCCCCCCUAUUCGACAAAUUCCUCGCUAUGCAAAGUUCUUAAAGGAGUUGUGCAUGAAGAAGAAAAGGUUGAAAGGGAAUGAAUUCAUGAGUGUGGGUGAGAAUGCUUCGGCGUUCAUUCUCAAGAAACUCCAACCUAAAUUAAAGGACCCUGGUAGUUUCAGUAUACCUUGCACAAUUGGUAAAACAAGGUUUACUCGAGCUUUGCUAGAUUUGGGAGCAUCGGUUAAUGUUAUGCCUUCUUCGAUUUAUGAUUCUUUGAAUCUUGGUCCUCUUAAGGAGACCGGGGUUAAUGAUCUUGGAUUCCCGACCGAUUUCUAUGUAUUAAACAUGAAUGAUGAGAACUCUCCAAAGUCUACACCUUUGCUAUUGGGUAGACCAUUCUUAAGCACCGCCGGAACGAAGAUUGAUGUCCAAAAUGGAACCUUUACUAUGGAGUUUGAUGGUGCAGUCAUCCACUUCAAUAUCUUUGAGACAAUGAGAUACCCAGGUGAUGUGAAGUCAUGUUUUCCCGUUAAAGAGAUUGAUGCGGGCUAA